AUGUAUCUCAAAAGCGUGACGAUUCAGGGCUUCAAGACCUACAAGAAUACCACUAUCGUAGAGAACUUCUCUCCACGAUUCAACGUUGUUGUCGGUAGUAAUGGAUCCGGUAAAUCCAAUUUCUUUGCCGCUAUUAGAUUUGUGCUGAGUGAUGACUAUAAUAACCUCAAGAGAGAGGAAAGGCAGGGUCUCAUACAUCAGGGGACUGGCUCGAUAAUGAGUGCAUAUGUUGAAAUAGUAUUUCAUGAUCCUGAAGGAAGAAUGCUACUGUCCUCUGGCAUUCCUUCGAAUGAUUCCAAAAUAGUCAAAAUCAGAAGAACUAUUGGCCUGAAAAAAGAUGAAUAUUCACUUAAUGGCAAAACAUGCCAUAAAAGUGACGUCGCAAGAACUUUGGAGAGUGUUGGAUUUUCUUCUUCUAAUCCUUACAAUAUUGUACCGCAAGGCCGAAUCGUUGCAGUUACCAAUGCUAAAGACAGGGAACGGCUGGCGCUAUUGGAAGAGGUCGUGGGAGCAAAAACAUUUGAAAUUAAGCUACGCGAGUCUCUGAAGAAAAUGGAAGCAACUAACAAAGACCGAAUGAAGAUUAAUAAAGAAUUGGAAGAACUGGAAGAAAGAUUAAAUGAACUAGAUGAGGAACGCAGAGAUCUCGAGAAGUACAGGGAGUUGGAACGCGACCGUAAGAGUUUUCAGUUUAUUCUUUAUGACCGCGAGCUAGAUGAGGUAACUAAUGAAAUAGAGAAACUGGAUGGUGAAUAUAACAGUACUUUGCACUCCUCAGGAGAGUACAUCGAGGAACUGGAAAAAAGGGAAACACUAAUAAUGAAUGUCACAAAGAACAUAAAGAGUAUUGAAGCUGAGCUAAACAUUAAAGAGUUAACCGACUUAGAACAAGAAAAGGCCAGAUAUACUGAGGCUGCUAAGAAGAGAGCUGAGUUGAAUGUUCAUCAUGAGGAGGUUCAACGGCAAUUACAUAGAGUCGCUGAGCAAUCUCACACUGACAAAGAGAAUUUUACAAUACUAAAGGAGGAAAUUGACAAAAAACAAAAGCAAUUGCAACGCAUCAUUCCCAGAUUCGAGGAACUCACAGAGGAAAAGAGUAAGUAUAAACUCGAUUUAUCCGGAUUUCAGAGAAGACAGCGAGAAAUACUGUCUAAAAGGGGCAUUUACGCAAACUUCAAAAACCAAGAAGAAAGAGAUAACUGGUUGAAUAACGAGAUUUCUUCUGUUACAAAAGAGAUGGAAGAUUUAAAGAGUAGCCAUCUCAAAUACACAGAUGAAAUAACUCAACUGGAAGAUCAAAUAAGUAAUUUGGAGAAAGAAACAGAGGAGCUCUACGAUUCAAUUGAAGGGCCCGGAGUGAGAGCAGAGCUCGAAGAUCUUCAAAAUGAAAUUGACACACUCAAACAAUCUUAUUUUGAGAGAAUUGACGAACGUAAAGAGCUUUGGAGGUCUGAACAGAAACUCCAAACAAUCUCAGAAACCUUUCUAGAUGAUGUUAAGAGAUCAGAAAGACAACUGGGAGAAUUAAUGGAUAGGAAUCUAGCGAACGGACUUAAAGCCGUCAAAGAAAUUGCCGAGCGUCUCAAGCUUCCAAAAGAUUCCGUUUGUGGUACUUUAGGUGAACUUAUUAAAGUUAAUGAAAAAUACAAAGCUUGUGCGGAGGUUGUUGGAGGAAAUUCCCUAUUUAACAUAGUAGUUGACAAUGAUGAAACAGCGAGUAUUCUGAUGGAAGAGCUCUAUAAAAGUAAGGCAGGAAGGGUAACAUUUAUCCCUUUGAAUAGGAUUCAUGAUGAUAAAAGAAUACAAUAUCCACCGAACGCUCAAAGCGAAUGUACCCCAUUGUUAUGGAAAAUUAAAUACGACAAAAAGUUCGAAGUUGCUGUGAAACAUGUUUUUGGAAAAACCAUUGUCGUACGUGACCUUGGGUCAGGUUCUCUACUUGCUAGAAAAUACAAUUUGGACGCCGUCACUUUGGAUGGUGAUCGAGCGGAUAAGCGAGGGGUCAUUACCGGUGGCUAUCACGAUCAUCUCAAAAGAUCUAGGCUUGACUGCUUAAACGACAUAAAUGUUGCUAGAAGUCAGUAUUCGACCACAUCCGAAGAGUUAAGUAUCUUAAGGAAGCAGUUGGAACAGGUUGAUUUUGAUGUUGACGAGAUCAACAACAAGAUCAAGCAAAGCACAAUGAAAAAAGAAGCAAUACUAACGUCUUCAGAGACUUUGAGAAUAAAGUUGAAUAAAAGAAAGACUGAAUCAGCUAUCAAGAAUGAAACGUUGAUGUCGUUAAAUUCGAAAUCCCAAAAGCUUGUCUCAUCUUUGAAGGACAACGAAGAAAAACUCAAUCGCUUAAAAAAUGAUCUGACAAAACCAUUUGAUAAUGAGCUCUCAGUCGAUGAGAAAGAGGAACUUAACUUCCUGACGAAGAGUAUCAAUAAGCACCAAGAAAUGCUUAGCGCCACGACUGAAUCACUUAGCGGACUAGUGACUAGAAUCGACUCUUUGAAAGCUGAACUCGAAUUAAAGCUUCAACCGCAAAUGCAUGAACUAGAAACAAGGAUCUCUGAGAAAUUGAGCAUUGAGAACCAAGAAUUAAAAGAGGAUCACAAUAGGACAUCCAUUGAACUAGAGAAAGAGGAUUCCAGGUGUAAGGAAAUCAAGACAUCCUUGAAUGCGAUAAUGAGUCAAAUUGAUGCGCUAAAAGUAGAGAAGGCAAACAAUGAAAAAAUCUUAGAUAAAGCAAACGAUCAACAGCGUCUGUUGUUAAAAAAAUUAGAGAAUUAUCGAAAAGAUGCUGAAAAAUCGAUUGUGAAGAAGAUGACUUUAUCAGCAAGACGUGAUGAGCUGCAGCAAAAGGUCAGUGAAAUUGGUCUGCUGGCCGAGGAUUCACUGGUAAAAUACAAAGACUUACCCAGUGAGAAUAUCGUGCAGAGACUGAAUUCUGUAAGUGAAGGGAUAUCUAAGAUGAAAAAUAUCAACAAAAGGGCCAUCGACAAUUUUAAACGUUUCAACGAAAAGAAAGAGGAUUUAGUACAGAGAGCCAAUGAGUUAACCGCCUCUAAGGAGUCAAUUGAAAACUUAAUCGAGUCCUUGAAGAAGCAGAAGGUUCAGGGAGUAGAAACAACAUUUCGACAAGUAGCCGAAAAUUUCAAUACAGUGUUCGGAAAGCUUGUACCUAAUGGUUUAGGGAAGCUAAUAAUUCACCGUCAAGACGAAUCAUCUGCCAAAAAUGCGAAGAAAAAAAAGAGUAAAAAAGUUGCUGCUGCUACGUAUGUUGCAGAUGACUCGAUUGACUCGAUUUAUAGCGGUGUUUCGAUCGCAGUUUCAUUCAACUCUAAAGACAAUGAGCAACUUUAUGUGGAACAGCUAUCUGGUGGCCAAAAAACUGUCUGUGCUAUCGCUUUGAUUCUUGCAAUUCAAAUGGUUGAUCCUGCUCCCUUUUAUCUGUUCGAUGAAAUUGACGCAGCUCUAGACAAGCAAUAUCGUACAGCAGUUGCAAAUGUUAUAAGGGAACUUUCGGCUGAGGCACAGUUUAUUUGCACCACGUUCCGAACGGACAUGCUACGAGCUGCUGAUCAGUUUUAUCGCGUCAAGUAUGAAAAUAAGAUUUCAACAAUAAGCGAGGUGAGUCAACAGGAUGCUAUAAACUUCAUAAAGGGUAAUAGUAAAAUGGGCGAGGUGUGA